AUGGUCGGGCGAGCGCCUGAUGGUGCGGCCUGGAGACAGACAGACCGACAGACUGGACGAUCAGGCUCCCUGAUUGCUUGCCAGGAUUACCAGUCGCCAUCGCCAUCGCUAUCGCACCCGACCAUCGAAUCGAACGUGCCCGGUGGAGGUGAGAGAAGGGAAAAGUGGCUGGCUGCAUUGCGCGGUUUGACAAGGGCUGGGCUACGGACGGCGACGUGGGCAGCAAGGGAAGCCGGCGAGAUUCAUCGACGCGGCCACCGGGGGGGCUCCAAUGUUGCUUUUGGAGACGCUGGCCCCAAAGCAGCUCACUAG